ACCCUUUUUGGAUUUUUAUAUAGGAUCUUCCUUUUUUUAUUUUUUUCCUUUGAAAAUCAACCCCCCUCCCCCCAAUCAACUUUCUUCUUCUUUUUUUUUUUUUUUUUGCAAUGCUCCGGCUUUGAGCUUUAAAGAAUGUGGAGGCAACAUUUUCCAGGUAUUCGGCCCCAGAUCAUGAAUGGGCCAAUGCACCCCCGCCCGUUGGUGGCGCUGCUGGACGGGCGCGACUGCACCGUGGAGAUGCCCAUUCUCAAAGACUUAGCAACCGUUGCCUUCUGUGAUGCCCAGUCAACACAGGAGAUCCAUGAGAAGGUCUUAAAUGAGGCAGUGGGGGCCAUGAUGUACCACACCAUCACCUUGACCAGAGAGGACCUGGAGAAGUUCAAAGCCCUGCGCAUCAUCAUCCGCAUUGGCAGCGGAUAUGACAACAUUGACAUAAAAGCAGCGGGAGAACUAGGUAUUGCUGUGUGCAACAUUCCCUCUGCAGCGGUGGAGGAGACGGCCGACUCCACCAUUUGCCACAUCCUGAACCUGUACAGGCGAAACACAUGGCUCUACCAGGCUCUCCGGGAGGGCACGAGGGUCCAGAGCGUGGAGCAGAUCCGAGAGGUGGCCUCUGGUGCAGCCCGCAUCCGUGGCGAAACCCUCGGCCUCAUCGGAUUUGGUCGUUCAGGUCAGGCGGUGGCGGUGCGAGCCAAGGUUUUCGGCUUCAACGUCAUCUUCUACGACCCCUACCUGCAGGAUGGACUGGAGCGCUCGUUGGGCGUGCAGCGUGUCUACACCCUGCAGGACCUCCUCUACCAGAGCGACUGCGUCUCCUUGCACUGCAACCUGAAUGAGCACAACCACCACCUCAUCAACGACUUCACCAUCAAACAGAUGCGUCAGGGCGCUUUCCUGGUUAACACCGCUCGGGGGGGCCUGGUGGACGAGAAAGCUCUGGCCCAGGCGCUGAAGGAGGGCAGGAUACGGGGAGCCGCUCUGGAUGUCCAUGAAACUGAGCCCUUCACCUUUGCACAGGGCCCACUGAAAGACGCCCCAAACCUGAUCUGCACGCCUCACACAGCCUGGUACAGCGAGCAGUCGUCCCUGGAGAUGAGGGAGGCGGCUGCCACCGAGAUCCGAAGAGCCAUCACAGGACGAAUUCCUGACAGUCUACGAAACUGUGUCAACAAGGAGUUCUUUGUCACCACGGCCCCCUGGGGAGUUAUGGAGCAACCUGGCGUCCACCCUGAGCUCAACGGCGCUGCCUACAGCCAGGUGAACCAAACUCUCCCGGCCGUAACAACCGGCGUUCCCCAAGACAAAAUUAAUGCCUAGAUCAGGAGCAGAUACCCGCCGGGUGUUGUCGGAGUGGCUCCAGGCGGUCUCCCGGGGGCGUUAGAGGGCAUGGUGCCCGGUGGGGUCCCCAUCGCCCACACUCUGCCCUCUGGUACACACCCUUCCCAGGCCCCGUCACCCAACCAGCCCUCCAAACACGGCGAGACUAGAGAGCACCUCACCGAGCAAUAGCAACAGAAGGGAUCCAAGCAAACGAACAUCUCAUCGGACCGGCGCUCAGAAAACCAACCGAUCAUAAAGCAAAACCGACCAACCUGGGGACCAAGAGACAGUGAAAAACACCACAAAGCGGCUGCCUGUCGAACCAGCCUGGAAACGGGAACUAAGGAAGUGUUACGGAGAAUUUGUACUUUUUAAAAGUUUCGGUUUUUAACUCUGUCUCUUUGAGUUCUGUACCGAAUUUGCUCUUUGACGAUGUUUUUUGGGGUUUUGUUUUUCUCCUCCACUAUGGGACAUGCUUAUGAUUGUGGACACAGAGUCCAGCUCCAGGAUUACCAGAUGAGACUCUGUCCAGCCCAACCUAGACACAUCAGAGCUCAUGGGAAAUGUAGGCCCCACUUCUCAGAAACACCAAGGGGAAGAACAGAAAACAUACCAUCCUGUGCUACUGGACCUCAUUCAUCCCCCUCCUGAUCUCCCAACACCUUUCCAAGCUCUCCUUCAUGUACGACGUGUGUGUCGUUUAGAUCCCUCUCAUUUAGGCUUCAGAAAAUAAUUUUGUUUUUCUAUUGUUUAGUGUGAAUGAAUAAGAAUUUAUUAUCAGCAUAUAUCUAUUUAUCAUUCUUGGAAAAAAAAAAACAUGGGAUUUCUCAUCAGUUCUAAUAAUCUAGAGUGAUUUUAAUUCCUUUCCUGGCACCAAAUUGCAGCUGAAAUACCAUCAUCACUAGAGGUCGCUUUUAUACAACGAUUUGGCUUUUAAAGACGGGACCAUCAGUGAUCCAUCAGGUUCCUUUCAGCUCCAAAUAUACUAUCUGCUGACAGGAAAGGGUUAAAGCACACUUCAGUUCUUAAUAACUCAGGAAAAAAAACACCUUUUACAGAUUUUCUUCCCAUGAAUUUAUCACUUGGGGGGGAGAAGACUAAUCAGUUGAGUCUGAAUCUGUCCUCUUCUCCAUCAUGCUCUUCAUUGUGGUAUUUUUCUAUACAAGGUGCAUCAUAUGUUUUUGGUGUUAAAGAGUUUUGAGGAGUCCUGUUAGAUUUGUAUUGCCUAGUUAAAUGUUCCUAUAACCAUAGUCUGACGUGAUCCAUCCCCUCUCUUCCUCUCGCUCUCCUCCCUCCUUACGGUUUCUUCGCUUCGUUCUAUUCAAGGCCAGGUUCUUUGGGGGAGGGAGGGGUCGUCCUGUACUCUGUAUGAGCAAUAGCUGAAACUCCUUAGUGUCCCGACAAUAGCGGAAGAGGCAGCCAGCAGUAUGUUUUCUUUUUGUUUUUAGUGUGAGUAUUUGUAUUUGUUUCUUGUACAAGGUGAACAUUUAGCAUUCAGUACAGUUCAAAUAAAGAGAUGAUUCAGA